UCUCAUCGUGUGCAGGUGUUGGCUGGUAACCCACAAGAAGAAGAAGAAGAAGAAGAAGAAGAAGAAGAAUAAGAAUGGCUAUUUUGAGUGGGUCGUUGCCGUUACUACGACUACGAUUGCCUAUUGUUUCUUCCUCUUCUUCAAAUAAUAAUAAUAAUAAUAAUAAUAAUGGAAAUACAAACAACAACAACGAGAAGAAGAAGAAAGUGAGAGAUGACUGGAGGCAGCGGUCCAAACCCAUUGCACCCGGGGCCACCUAUCCAGCCAAAGAUCACUGCAGCAAAUGUGGGUUGUGUGAUACUUACUACGUGGCUCAUGUCAAGAAUGCUUGUGCUUUCCUGGGUGAUGGCAUGUCCAGAAUUGAAGGGUUAGAACAAGUUGUCCAUGGCAGAGGUCGAAAUCCCGAUUCUUUAGAUGAAACUUACCUAGGUGUCCAUCAACAGCUCCUCUAUGCUCGUAAAACUAACCCUCUUCCAGGUGCUCAGUGGACAGGGAUAGUUACUACUAUUGCAAUUGAAAUGUUGAAAUCAGGCUUGGUUGAAGCCGUCAUUUGUGUUCAGAGUGAUCCCGAGGAUAGAUUAUCCCCACGACCUGUUUUGGCUAGGACCCCAGAGGAAGUUUUAGCAGCAAAAGGUGUUAAGCCGACCCUGUCUCCCAACCUCAACACACUGGCUUUAGUUGAGGCAGCGGGCGUAAAGCGUCUACUCUUCUGUGGUGUUGGAUGCCAAGUACAAGCCCUACGAUCAGUUGAGAAGUAUUUGAACUUGGACAAGCUUUACGUGCUAGGGACGAAUUGUGUGGACAAUGGAACACGAGAUGGCCUAGAUAAGUUUCUACGAGCUGCUAGCACAGAUCCAGAAACGGUUCUUCACUAUGAAUUUAUGCAAGAUUAUAAGGUCCAUCUGAAGCAUCUGGAUGGUCAUAUUGAAGAGGUUCCGUAUUUCUCUCUGCCAGCCAAUGAUUUGGUUGAUGUUAUAGCACCAUCUUGCUACAGUUGUUUUGACUACACAAAUGGAUUAGCUGAUUUGGUGGUGGGAUACAUGGGGGUACCAAAAUAUUCUGGUGUCAGCAUGACACAACAUCCACAAUACGUUACCGUGAGAAAUGAACGUGGAAGAGAAAUGCUGAAUUUGGUGAAGAAUCUAUUGGAAAUUACCCCUACAAUAAGCGGUGGAGAAAGACGCCCAUUUGUUAUGGAAACUGUGAAGGCAGAUGACAAUGCUAAGCUUGGAAAGGGUCCUGCUCAGCCUGCUCCAAAGUUGAUUGGGAACAUUAUCGCAUUUAUACUAAAUCUAAUUGGGCCAAAAGGUCUGGAGUUUGCUCGGUAUUCAUUGGAUUACCAUACCAUUAGAAACUAUAUAUACGUUAAUCGUACAUGGGGAAAAGAAAGAGCUGAUAGACACAUGCCAUCAUAUGCAAAGAAGCUUGUGGCCAUGUAUAAUGAAAACGGUGAGAUUGAUCAGAUCCUUUCAAACAAGCGAUCAUCUUGAUGGUUGAUUUGGCCAUGUUGUUGAUGAGAAUGCGUUUGUGGUCCACUUGUUAAGGAUCUUAAAGGUGAAACCAACAUCUUGUACAUGUCGAUAUUGCUAUAUAUUGGUGAAGUGAGAGAAAUUAAUUUAACUGUAGCUGUUUUUAAGGAGGACAUGGUGUAUCCUGGAAGUCAGGGCUGUUGUAUGUGUUUAAAGAAACAGAAUGUCAAACAAAUUUGGAUGGGCCAUAUCUGGAUGUUUUGAACUACAGUAUGGGGGAGUCAUGUGCUUGUCUAUGCAUCUAUUGAAUGAGAAACACUUAGUAUUGUAGGGAUGUGGUUAGGAUGGUUGGAAACCGUCCAACAUUGGCAUGGGAAAGGGGUGAAUAUAGAUUUGAUCAACUAGAAUAUACAGACUGAUCUGGAUCUUAGAUGGGAGUGUGCAAAAAGUAUAUCAGCGGUUACUAUAUAUGCAUUAUUCACUUAUUGUAAUGUCAUCAUUGGUAUUUCUUAUGAAAUGCUCCUGUGAUUUUGAAUGAUGGUUAGUAGAUCAAGCAGUCAUGCUAUAGUAAAUAAUAUCCACAAUGACGUUAUCUAA